AUGCAAACAUCUUACCUGUGUAGUUUAGCUUACUAUGACUUAAUUCUUUUCCAAAUAUCUAUUAACAAAUGCCUAGAUUUAUUUGAUCAAGUACAUAAAAUCAUCGUAGACGGCCAGAUACAACACGAAUGCAUAGCCUACAUACGCACAAUCUGGAACCAACAACAGCAACAUCGUCAGAAUAUUACAGCUCUUAAAAAGCAAAAAGAUCCAGAAUUAGCGGCUCCAGAACUUGAAAGACAGCUUCGCGAGUCAUUUCUAGUUGCUCAUUUACGUAGUGUUGUUGAACAUGUCUAUAGAACUAAAGAUUCCGCCGUCAUGGCAGAUCUCCAAAAGAAAUUACAAGAAGAGCAAGCAAGGGUGAUUAAACAGCCUGUUGAUGACUCUUGGAUGGAAGAGGCCGCAGCGGCGAAUAAACCCAAGCUUUCUAACAAGCAGAAGCAAAGAAUGGAAAAGCAAAAAGAGCCAAAAGAAGAAGAAAUUAAACCACAAAAAGUUUACGCAAAAAGUGUCGAAAAAAGUGAGAAACAACGGCGUAUUGAAGAGAAGAAGAAGCUGAAGAAGCAAAUAGAGAUGGAGAACAGGCGCAAAGAGUUCAUGCUUCAAAGACAGAAAGAGCUCGAACAAGAGAAAGAGCAAAGAAUUCUUGAAGAAAAGCAGAAGGAAAUAGAAUUGAAGAAGAAGCAAGAGAUAGAAGAGAAUAGAAGGCGAGAGUUAGAAGAACAACGUCGUAAAGAGGAAGAACUCAAGAGACAGAAGGAAAUGGAACUCCAACGUCAAAGAGAAAUAGAAGAAAGAAGAUUGAAAUUAGAAGAAGAAAGAAAAAGACAGAAAGAGUUGGAGCUCCAGAGACAACGCGAAAUGGAAGAAAGGAAACAAAGGGAGAUAGAAAGGCAGAAGGAACUCGAAAGGCAGAUGGAGUUGCAGAGAUUGGAAGAAGAAAGACAGAAAGAACUGAAAAGACAAAUAGAAAGCAUCGGAACAGAAAAAACAGAAGUUGUAAAAGAACCAAAGAAAAGAGGAAUAAGAAAUUUGUUGAGAAAUCCAAACAGAAUGAGACAAACUGCUCCUCUUAAUAUAAUACAACCUGAGCCACAGCUCCCUGAUAUCAUGGAGCCUUUCGACUUGGAAAAGAAUAUGUUGAUGAGAAGACAAGAACAGUUGUCAGAAAUGAAGUCAAAUUCUUUCGAGCCUUUCCAGAGCGAAAACAUGGUCAAUACAACGGGUGUCGUUGAGCAGCAAUCAGAACAGAACCAGGAAUGGCAGUCAACCCUCGAACAACUUGCCGCCCCAAGAAGAAGAAGAGGAAACAAAAGAAUCUAG